GCCCCUGGGGCUCCCAUGGCCCCCCGCGCCCCGCGGCCAGAUGCUGACGUGUCCUUUCCUUCCCACUACACCUCCCGACAUUACCUACUCCGGCUGCCCCGGAAGUCCCGCCCCAUAUUUAGCCCAUCCUUGCAAAUCAACUCUUUCAGCGCUUCCUGGAACUCGCCACCGUUUUGGGGACCAAGAGGCGGGGCUCCGCGAGCAGGGUGCCUAUUGGCCUGAGGUCCGGCGGGCUCUGGGCGCUAAUUGGGCGGAGGGCGGUGGCGCUCUGGCACGCUUGCGCGGCGAGUAGAACGUGUGGCGGCGGCGGAGAUCGCGUCUCUUUCGCUCCGUGUCCCGCUGCUGCUCCUGUGAGCGCCCGGCGAGUCCGUCCCGUCCACCGUCCGCAGCUGGUAGCCAGCCUGCCCCUCGCCUCGACUCCCUUUCACCAACACCGACACCCACAUUGACACCUCCAGUCCGGCCAGCCGCUCCACUCGUUGCCUUUGCAUCUCCACACAUGGCGUCCUCCGCGCAGAGCGGCGGCUCCUCCGGGGGACCCGCGGUCCCCACCGUGCAGCGGGGCAUCGUCAAGAUGGUCCUCUCAGGGUGCGCCAUCAUUGUCCGAGGUCAGCCUCGUGGUGGGCCUCCUCCUGAGCGGCAGAUCAACCUCAGCAACAUCCGUGCUGGAAAUCUUGCUCGCCGGGCAGCCGCCACACAACCUGAUGCAAAGGAUACCCCUGAUGAGCCCUGGGCAUUUCCAGCUCGAGAGUUCCUUCGAAAGAAGCUGAUUGGGAAGGAAGUCUGUUUCACGAUAGAAAACAAGACUCCCCAGGGGCGAGAGUAUGGCAUGAUCUACCUUGGAAAAGAUACCAAUGGGGAAAACAUUGCAGAAUCACUGGUUGCAGAGGGCUUAGCCACCCGGAGAGAAGGCAUGAGAGCUAAUAAUCCUGAGCAGAACCGGCUUUCAGAAUGUGAAGAACAAGCAAAGGCAGCCAAGAAAGGGAUGUGGAGUGAGGGGAACGGUUCACAUACUAUCCGGGAUCUCAAGUAUACCAUUGAAAACCCAAGGCACUUUGUGGACUCACACCACCAGAAGCCUGUUAAUGCUAUCAUCGAGCAUGUGCGGGACGGCAGUGUGGUCAGGGCCCUGCUCCUCCCAGAUUACUACCUGGUUACAGUCAUGCUGUCAGGCAUCAAGUGCCCAACUUUUCGACGGGAAGCAGAUGGCAGUGAAACUCCAGAGCCUUUUGCUGCAGAAGCCAAAUUUUUCACCGAGUCGCGACUGCUUCAGAGAGAUGUUCAGAUCAUUCUGGAGAGCUGCCACAACCAGAACAUUCUGGGUACCAUCCUUCAUCCAAAUGGCAACAUCACAGAGCUCCUCCUGAAGGAAGGUUUCGCACGCUGUGUGGACUGGUCGAUUGCAGUUUACACCCGGGGCGCAGAAAAGCUGAGGGCGGCAGAGAGGUUUGCCAAAGAGCGCAGGCUGAGAAUAUGGAGAGACUAUGUGGCUCCCACAGCUAAUUUGGACCAAAAGGACAAGCAGUUUGUUGCCAAGGUGAUGCAGGUUCUGAAUGCUGAUGCCAUUGUUGUGAAGCUGAACUCAGGCGAUUACAAGACGAUUCACCUGUCCAGCAUCCGACCACCGAGGCUGGAGGGGGAGAACACCCAGGAUAAGAACAAGAAACUGCGUCCCCUGUAUGACAUUCCUUACAUGUUUGAGGCCCGGGAAUUUCUUCGAAAAAAGCUUAUUGGGAAGAAGGUCAAUGUGACGGUGGACUACAUUAGACCAGCCAGCCCAGCCACAGAGACAGUGCCUGCCUUUUCAGAGCGUACCUGUGCCACUGUCACCAUUGGAGGAAUAAACAUUGCUGAGGCUCUUGUCAGCAAAGGUCUAGCCACAGUGAUCAGAUACCGGCAGGAUGAUGACCAGAGAUCAUCACACUACGAUGAACUGCUUGCUGCAGAGGCCAGAGCUAUUAAGAAUGGCAAAGGAUUGCAUAGCAAGAAGGAAGUGCCUAUCCACCGUGUUGCAGAUAUAUCUGGGGAUACCCAAAAAGCAAAGCAGUUCCUGCCUUUUCUUCAGCGGGCAGGUCGUUCUGAAGCUGUGGUGGAAUACGUCUUCAGUGGUUCUCGUCUCAAACUCUAUUUGCCAAAGGAAACUUGCCUUAUCACCUUCUUGCUUGCAGGCAUUGAAUGCCCCAGAGGAGCCCGAAACCUCCCAGGCUUGGUGCAGGAAGGAGAGCCCUUCAGCGAGGAAGCUACACUUUUCACCAAGGAACUGGUGCUGCAGCGAGAGGUGGAGGUGGAGGUGGAGAGCAUGGACAAGGCUGGCAACUUUAUCGGCUGGCUGCACAUCGACGGUGCCAACCUGUCCGUCCUGCUGGUGGAGCACGCGCUCUCCAAGGUCCACUUCACCGCCGAACGCAGCUCCUACUACAAGUCCCUGCUGUCUGCCGAGGAGGCCGCAAAGCAGAAGAAAGAGAAGGUCUGGGCCCACUAUGAGGAGCAGCCCGUGGAGGAGGUGAUGCCAGUGCUGGAGGAGAAGGAGCGAUCUGCUAGCUACAAGCCCGUGUUUGUGACCGAGAUCACUGAUGACCUGCACUUCUACGUGCAGGAUGUGGAGACCGGCACCCAGUUGGAGAAGCUGAUGGAGAACAUGCGCAAUGACAUUGCCAGUCACCCCCCUGUAGAGGGCUCCUAUGCCCCCCGCAGGGGAGAGUUCUGCAUUGCCAAAUUUGUAGAUGGAGAAUGGUACCGUGCCCGAGUAGAGAAAGUCGAGUCUCCUGCCAAAAUACAUGUCUUCUACAUUGACUACGGCAACAGAGAGGUCCUGCCAUCCACCCGCCUGGGUACCCUAUCACCUGCCUUCAGCACUCGGGUGCUGCCAGCUCAAGCCACGGAGUAUGCCUUCGCCUUCAUCCAGGUGCCCCAAGAUGAUGAUGCCCGCACGGACGCCGUGGACAGCGUAGUUCGGGAUAUCCAGAACACUCAGUGCCUGCUCAACGUGGAACACCUGAGUGCCGGCUGCCCCCAUGUCACCUUGCAGUUUGCAGAUUCCAAGGGCGAUGUGGGGCUGGGCUUGGUGAAGGAAGGGCUGGUCAUGGUGGAGGUGCGCAAGGAGAAACAGUUCCAGAAAGUGAUCACAGAAUACCUGAAUGCCCAAGAGUCAGCCAAGAGCGCCAGGCUGAACCUGUGGCGCUAUGGAGACUUUCGAGCUGAUGAUGCAGACGAAUUUGGCUACAGCCGCUAAGGAGGGGAUCGGGUUUGGCCCCCAGCCCCGCUCACGCCAGUCCCUCUUCCUCUGCCGGGAGGGUGUUUUCAACUCCAAACCCCAGAGAGGGGUUGUAGAUUGGGUCCAGCUUUGCUUCAGUGUGUGGAAAUGUCUCAUGGGGUGGCAUCGGGGCUGCGGGGUGGGGACCCCAAGGCUUUCUGGGGCAGACCCUUGUCCUCUGGGAUGAUGGGCACUGCUAUCCACAGUCUCUGCCAGUUGGUUUUAUUUGGAGGUUUGUGGGCUUUUUUUUAAAAAAAAGUCCUCAAAUCAGGAAGAAACAUCAAAGACUAUGUCCUAGUGGAGGGAGUAAUCCUAACACCCAGGCCAGCCGCCAGCUGGCACCUGCCUCUAUCCCAGACUGCCCUCGUCCCAGCUCUCUGUCCAACUGUUGAUUAUGUGAUUUUUCUGAUACGUCCAUUCUCAAAUGCCAGUGUGUUCACAUCUUCGCUCUGGCCAGCCCAUUCUGUAUUUAAAGCUUUUGAGGCCCAAUAAAAUAGUACGUGCUGUCUGCA